GAGGAGCGAGGGAAGGCGCGGCGCGAGCAGGGCAGAGGAGGAAGACGUUUUUUUCUCUCUCGCCAAAAUAAAACCCAACAAAAUUAAAGAAAAAAUAAAAAUCGCUCGGCUGAAGUCUCGUGUUUUUGUCGGAGAGGACAUGAGAGGAUGGUGACAACUUGUUCUCCCGGGAAAGUGUUGCUUCAGCGCUCGGCUGUGUUGGAGUGCAGGCGGUGACCCUGCCGUCGCCACGAGCCCGCCGCCGCUGCUGCUGCUGCAGGGCGUCUCCUCUCCGCUUUCUGAAGACGAUGUUUCGGAGGAAGAGGAUCGUCUAAACCGACCGUCCAUCCCAACAUGGCCGACGACCUCUACAGCAGCACCUUCUCCGCGUCUGACUCGGACAUCUCCUCCUCCUCGUCCUCGUCCUCCUCCACGACCGCCUCCUUCCUCACGCUCGAGCAGCGGGCGGCCUUCAUCUUCGUCCUCAUCCUCUUCAUCUUCCUAGGGCUGCUGAUCGUCCGCUGUUUCCGGAUCCUGCUGGACCCAUACCGGAGCAUGCCGUCCUCCACGUGGACGGACUACAUGGAGAAGGACACCUUCGACUACCGGAUUUCCUGACAGGCAGCCUGAGAGGCAGCAACCCUGACGUACACGGGUUAAACUGAGGCGACGACCACACAGAGUGAAGCAGACACACAGGCGCACAAUUACAACCUACAAUUAUGGAUAUUUAGUUUAAUUCUUUCGUCUCUCCUCUUUAAAAACCUGCCGUUUGUUUCAUGGAUACAAAUCCGGUGGAAUUAGGGACACAAAAACAUAAUUUUCCAGGAUUGAUUCCACAUUUACAACUUUACAUUCAACUUUAAUUACACAUUGUUCUUCAAAAUAAAGUGCAGUUAAUGCAAAAACCCUUCAGUUCAUUCUGACGGCAUAACAACUGACAGAAGCAUUUAAAAAUAUGAAAGAUGGAGAUGAACAUUAAUCUAACGCUGAAGCUCAACAUUCUUUACAACAUAACAUAAAUCUAAUUCUUACAACAUAAAAUAAGUUUCAGCUAAAACUGAAGAAAACUUGAAAAUAAAAUUAGAUAAGAGAUUUAAUAUCCUUUUCUUUUAAAAUCAUUAAACAAUCUCAACUCGUUAUUUAAAUGUAACUUGUUAUAAACUUGUUACAUAUGUUACUUGUCUAAAGAGAUAUACAUUUUGAAAACCAAUAAUUAACUUAA